UACAUGUUCCCAUGCACACUUCUUAUUCAUCGUUAAUUCAAUUCACAAGCUAAGUUAAUUCUACUGUGUAGUGCAAUGGCAUCCUCCAAAUUCUUAUUUCCUUUUCUGCCUCCUCUGGCGUUCUUCUUCUUCCUCCUCCUCCUCCUCCUCAACCACGGCGGCGCAUCGCCGCAGCUCUCGACGGACUUCUACUCCAGGUCGUGUCCCCGAGUGUUUGACACCGUGAGAUCGGUAGUCCAAUCCGCCAUCCAAAAGGAGAGGAGGAUGGGAGCUUCCCUUCUUCGCCUCCUCUUCCAUGAUUGUUUUGUUCUAGGUUGUGAUGCAUCGUUGUUGUUGGACGACACGCCGACCUUUAGAGGGGAGAAGACGGCGAAGCCAAACAACAACUCCGUCAGGGGUUUCGACGUCAUCGAUCGGAUCAAGGCGGCGGUGGAGAAGGUGUGCCCCGGGGUGGUGUCGUGUGCCGAUAUCUUGGCAAUUACUUCAAGGGACUCUGUCGUCAUUUUGGGAGGGCCGAACUGGGAGGUGAAGCUGGGGAGAAGGGACUCGAGGAAGGCGAGCUUCGCAAAAGCAAACACGGAAAUUCCUCCGCCUUUCUCGUCCCUUGCCAAUCUCACUGCUUUCUUCGCGAGGAAGGGGCUCUCACAAGGAGACAUGAUCGCGCUUUCUGGUGCCCACACGAUAGGCCUAGCCCAGUGCUUCACCUUCAGAGACCGCAUCUACAACGACACCGACAUCGACGGCUCCUUCGCGAAGAUGAGGCAGGCCAAUUGCCCCAGACCCGUUGGCUUCGGCGACAGCAACCUGGCACCGUUGGACCUGCAGACGCCGACAGUGUUCGACAACGACUACUACAACAACCUCGUCGCCUUCAAGGGCCUCCUCCACUCCGAUCAGGAGCUCUUCAAAACCAUCGGCAGCAACAGCGCGCCCCUGGUCAAGUACUACGCCGGCAACACCGCUGCCUUCUUCAACGACUUCGUCGUGGGGAUGAUCAAGAUGAGCGACAUCCGGCCACUGACCGGCAAGAAGGGCGAGAUUAGGAAGAACUGCAGGAAGGUGAAUUAAUCCAUUGUCUAGGGCAUCCGUGCACAUGGACGGGAUACGCUGAAGCUAUGCUGCUUAAAUAAUGCGGUCGAUCGAGAGCUGUUGUUCCUUAAAGUGUUUCGAGUGUUUGAUCUUCUUUGUUUCGUGAUCAGUUGUCUGAAUUAUGCAUUGUGUUUUAUACUUUGUUUCACUGUGUUGGUCAUCCCAAGUGUUGCAUAAAUAAUGUUGAAUCCAAUAAUAUUGUAUAA